AGGCUCCACAGCACCAUCCCACCUCCCUAUAAAGGUCAGUGUGCCCUCAGCGACCUGCUGUCCCCGGCUCUACGUACAUCCUGCUCUCAGCAUGGCGCUGCACUGGGCCUUGGAAGCUCUGUGCCUCCUACCACUGUUGAACCCAAAGGACCCAGCUUGUGCCAACGUCACAGCCAUGCCCAUCACCAGUGCCACCCUGGACUGGCUCAAUCGUAGGUGGUUUUAUGCCGCCGGUGCCUUUCGGAAGCCUGAGUAUAAACAGGAGGUUCAAGCGUUGCAAGCCGACUUCUUUGAAUUUAACACACACCCCAGGGAAGACACAGUGACACUCCAGGAGCACAUGACCGUCCACGACCACUGCAUCCAGAACUCCACCUUACUGACAGUCCAGAGGAACAAUGGAACCUUGGCCAGAACUGUGAAAAAUGAGUUGCACCUGGCCCACCUGCUGCUCCUGCGGGACCCCCACAGCUUCAUGCUGGGCUUCUACUUGAAUGAUGAGCAGAACGUUGGGCUGGCCUUACACACUGACAAGCCGGAAGCCACCCCUGAGCAACUGGAUGAGUUCCGGGAGGCCAUCAAGUGUGUGGGCCUGAGCACAUCAGAGAUCCUCUACGUGGACUGGAAAAAGAACAAGUGUGAGCUGCCUGAGCAACAGGAGACCAAGGGAAAGGAGACCUAGGAGGACAAUGCUGGGCAGCUCCUCGGGGUAUUGGCAGCCAUCACCCCCUCCGACCACUGUGCCUCUGCUUUGUCUCUGCAUCAAUAAAGGUCCCACAGGGGACAGUCAGACUGACA